AUGGAGACACAGCAAGAGUUGGAGUGGGCUGAAGCACAGGAAAUCGUGAUAAGCGAAGACCUCGUUGCUACGGCUAAACAACAGCUUCUGUUUCUUGCAGAGGUUGAUAGAAAUCGCUGCCUUUAUGAUGAUGGCCCAAUUUUACACAUAGCUAUCUACAGGUAUAAAUAUUGUUGGCUUCCUUUACUGGCCAAACAUGCUGAGUCACCUGUGACAGAAAACCCUUUGGUUGUGCCUCUUGAUUGUGAAUGGAUUUGGCACUGUCAUAGGCUUAAUCCGGUGCGUUACAAAACUGACUGCAUGGAACUUUAUGGGAGAAUAUUAGGCGAUUCCAAUGUGUUAUCUUCUACUCAGGGAACCAGUAACGAGGAAAGUGAGAAAGUCUGGCGUUCAAUGUAUCCAAGUGAGCCGUAUGAACUUCUUGGUCUCAACAAUCACUCAUUGCAAGGUUUUGCUGAAAAUUUCAUGGAAGCCAAACAGAGUACCACCAAUUAUGAUCUGAUUUCAGCAGUUAAAAGACAGAUUACUUUCUUCUAUCAGGUUUCCAGGCCUUAUUGGAAUGAGGAUACUUUUCUUGAAGGAGCAGUGGCAAGAUACAAGGGGUUUCUGCAUUUGAUCAAGAGGAAUAGAGAGAGGCAUAUAAACCGCUUCAGUGUUCCAACUUAUGACAUUGACCUCAUAUGGCACUCGCACCAAUUGCAUCCCGUGUCUUACUGUAACGAUCUAGUGGCAAUUAUGGGCAAAAUAUUAGAACAUGAUGACACAGCUUCUGAUAGGACCAAGGGCCAAAAGCUGGAUAUCGGCUUUUCUGAAACCACCACACAGUGGGAAGAGACAUUUGGUUCAAGAUACUGGAAAGCAGGAGCAAUGUACAGGGGUAGUCCCCCAUCUUCUCUUACUGUUGAUAAGUAUAAAAUUGUUGGUGCUCACUACUUCUGUUCAGCUCCAUCCAUUAAGACAAACCAAAAUCUGAUUCAGCUUCCACACAGACUGCUUGUGCAGGUGAUGCUUGAGAUUGUUGAUGUGAGAAACUUACCAUCCGGGAAUAAAGGCAAGCUACUUGUGUCCUUCAACAAGAAACAAGAAGAUGUGCUUUUCAAUACUAAGAAGCAAUUAUACAUUUCCUCAAAGUCACAAGGGAAACAAGUUGCUGUUUUCCAAUGUGAAAGUAAUGGAGAGUUGGUUCUUGAACUCAUUUCUCGCCCACGUUUUAACUUUAGAGGACUAAAGCUGGCCAAAGUAUUGGGAAAAACUUCAAUCAAUCUGGAGGAUUUGCAAAAUGUAGCAUCUAAACUGCCAAUAGAGAAGUGGUUAGAUUUGACAUGUGCAGUCAAUUUGUCAAAGCCUAUUAGCAUUCGCAUUGGUUUGUCUUUAACUCCUCCAGUUUCAGCACCGUAUAAGCUGCACUUCGUUUCCAUGCUUCCAUUCAAAGUAAGUUAUUUUUCCUUCCUUUUUCCGAGAAGGUCCCAGCAAAUUAAAUGUUGGACAAAUGUUGUGAAUGAAGUUGGCACUGAUAUCAUCAGCAUCCAGAAACGGAAUCAGUCAAGUGACAAGACAAAGAGUAGUAUCACUAAAGAAGUGAUUGGCAGGACUGCAUCUGGUGAAACGCAUCUUCUUGCCGAGUUAAAAGGAACAGCGUGGUCUAUGAUGUACUCUAACUGGGUGUUACAGAUAAAGAAGUCCAGUGAUGAAGAUAAACUUGUAUUUGAGCUCUUUGAUCUCACAGGAACUCGGAAUGUGGUUAUUUUUCCAGGUACAAAAUUGGAGUAUGGAACUAGAAAUUACGGAAAUGGAGAAGAAAGUUGCUUUAUGACAGCAGUAAAAUUCUCUCAAAAAUAUCCUUAUGGAAAAGCAGUGGCUUUGAUGGAUUUGGCAUAUGGAUUUCUGGAGAUCAUGGAAGAGUGGCUGGUAUUGCCUGCGAUAUUGUCUGCAUUUAUUCUCUCUAAUUUUCCUGAAUUCAGCGAUGAGAGUGAGAAAGCUAAUGGGACUAAUGCAUAA